CUGGCAAAACCUUGGCAUACCUACUUCUGCACAGGAGGAUGGUGUUUUUAGAAUUUAACAAGAUCCUGGUUUUCCAAAGAAGCUUUCUCUCUCUGAGCAGUUUGCCAGCACUAUUGUCUGUUGUGUCACAUGCCUGCUGAAGAGAAAAUGGAAGCUAGGGAGCAGAUGCAUUUAACUGCCCUACAGGGAGUCAAGCAGGGAUAAUGGCAGACAGAAGAACAGUUUGGCUGAAGAGGAAAUAAAGGCAGAGCAGGAGGUGGUGGAGGGGAUGGAUAUCUCCACUCGAUCCAAAGAUCCUGGCUCUGUCGAACGCACAGCACAAAAAAGGAAGUUUCCCAGCCCUCCACAUUCCUCUAAUGGUCACUCACCACAAGAUGCAUCAACAAGUCCUAUAAAAAAGAAAAAGAAACCCGGUCUAUUGAACAGUAAUAAUAAAGAGCAGUCAGAACUAAGACAUGGUCCGUUUUACUAUAUGAAGCAGCCACUCACCACAGACCCUGUUGAUGUUGUACCACAGGAUGGACGGAAUGAUUUCUAUUGCUGGGUUUGUCAUCGGGAAGGCCAAGUCCUCUGCUGUGAACUCUGUCCUCGGGUUUAUCAUGCUAAGUGUCUGAAACUGACAGCGGAACCAGAGGGGGAUUGGUUUUGCCCAGAAUGUGAGAAAAUCACAGUUGCAGAAUGCAUAGAAACACAGAGUAAAGCUAUGACAAUGCUCACCAUUGAACAGCUAUCAUAUUUACUGAAGUUUGCACUACAGAAAAUGAAACAGCCAGGGACAGAGCCAUUUCAAAAGCCAGUUUCACUGGAUCAACACCCAGAUUAUGCAGAAUAUAUCUUUCAUCCAAUGGACCUUUGUACAUUAGAAAAGAAUGUUAAAAAGAAAAUGUACGGUUGCACUGAAGCAUUUUUGGCUGAUGCCAAAUGGAUUUUGCACAACUGCAUUAUUUACAAUGGGGGAAAUCACAAAUUGACACAAACAGCAAAAGUCAUCAUCAAAAUCUGUGAGCAUGAGAUGAAUGAAAUUGAAGUGUGUCCGGAAUGUUACUUAGCUGCUUGCCAAAAACGAGAGAAUUGGUUUUGUGAGCCUUGUAGCAAUCCUCAUCCUUUGGUCUGGGCUAAACUCAAAGGCUUUCCAUUCUGGCCUGCUAAGGCACUGAGGGAUAAAGAUGGGCAAGUUGAUGCCCGUUUCUUUGGCCAACAUGACAGGGCCUGGGUUCCAAUAAAUAAUUGCUACCUCAUGUCAAAAGAAAUUCCUUUUUCUGUGAAAAAGACUAAAAGCAUCUUCAAUAGUGCAAUGCAAGAAAUGGAGGUUUAUGUUGAUAACAUUCGUAGAAAGUUUGGAGUAUUUAAUUAUGCACCUUUCCGGACACCAUAUACUCCCAACAAUCAAUACCAAAUGUUGUUAGAUCCUGCAAACCCAACUGCUGGAACUGCAAAGACAGACAAACAAGAGAAAAUCAAACUGAACUUUGAUAUGACAGCAUCACCCAAGAUUCUAAUGAGCAAGCCUAUGUUGAGCAGUAGUACUGGUCGUAGGAUUUCGUUGACAGAUAUGCCACGGUCACCAAUGAGUACAAACUCAUCAGUGCACACUGGAUCUGAUGUUGAACAGGACGCAGAGAAAAAAGCAACUUCCAGUCAUUUUAGUGCAAGUGAAGAAUCCAUGGACUUUACAGAGAAAAAUACAGCUUCUCCAGCACCCACAAGAACAGGUCAAGCAGGGAGCUUGUCAGGCAGUCCCAAACCCUUCUCUCCUCAAGCGUCAACACCAAUUUCUGCUAAGCAAGAAAGAACUUCCACUCCAGGAAGCAUUCUGAAUCUUAAUCUUGAUCGUAGCAAAGCUGAGAUGGAUCUGAAGGAGUUGAGUGAGUCAGUCCAACAGCAGUCCACCCCUGUGCCACUCAUUUCACCAAAACGACAGAUACGUAGCAGGUUCCAGCUUAAUCUUGACAAGACAAUAGAGAGCUGUAAAGCACAACUUGGAAUAAAUGAAAUAUCUGAAGCUGUUUAUACUGCAGUAGAACACAGUGACUCUGAAGAUUCUGAAAAAUCUGACACCAGUGACAGUGAAUAUAGUGAUGAGGAUCAGAAAUCAAAGAAUGAUCAAGAAGAUGGAGAGGAUAAGGAAGGUACAAGGAGUGACAAAGAAUCAUUGAGCUUGAAAAAAAAACCUAAGCCCCCAGCACAGAAUGAAGACAAGGAGGAACUUAAAAGCACAAGUCCAGAAGUGGAGAAAACAGAUGACCCAGUCAAAGAAAAGGCAAUUACCGACACUGAAAAAGAAUUUUCUGAAAAGGGAAAAAGUUUGCAACAUCCUGCAAAAGAAAAACUGAAAAGUAAAGAUGAGACAGACUCUCCAACUGUGCAUCUAGGACUGGACUCUGAUUCUGAGAGCGAACUUGUCAUCGAUCUCGGAGAUGAUCAUUGUGGGCGUGAAGGACGGAAAAACAAGAAAGAAUCUAAAGAACCUCCUCCUAAACAAGAUGUCGUAGGUAAAACUCCACCUUCUUCCAGUGCAAGCACCCAGCCUCUACCAGAAACUCCAGUUCUUACCCGCUCUGCAGCCCAGACUCCACCAGCUGGUGUGACAGCAACUACCAGCACUACUUCUACUGUUAGUGCUCCAUCUGCAGCCACUGGAAGCCCUGUGAAAAAGCAGAGGCCUCUGCUGCCUAAGGAAACAGCCCCUGCUGUGCAGCGAGUAGUGUGGAAUUCUUCAAAUAAAUUUCAGACAUCUUCUCAAAAAUGGCACAUGCAGAAGAUGCAGAGACAGCAGCAACAGCAGCAGAACCAGCAGUCUCAGUCACAGCAACCUCAGUCCUCUCAAGGCACAAGAUACCAGACAAGACAAGCAGUUAAAGCUGUGCAGCAGAAAGAGAUCACCCAGAGCACUUCCACAUCAACCAUAACCUUGGUUACAAGUACUCAACCGAUUUCUAUGGUUACAAGUUCUGGAUCUGCAAAUACACUUUCUUCCUCAGUUAAUACAGACUUGCCAAUUGCAACAGCUUCAGCUGAUGUGGCUGCAGAUAUUGCUAAAUAUACUAGCAAAAUGAUGGAUGCCAUCAAAGGAACAAUGACUGAAAUUUAUAAUGAUCUUUCAAAAAAUACCACUGGAAGUACAAUAGCUGAGAUUCGGCGUUUGAGGAUUGAGAUAGAAAAACUUCAAUGGUUACAUCAACAGGAACUCUCAGAAAUGAAGCAUAAUCUAGAACUGACAAUGGCUGAAAUGCGUCAGAGUCUAGAACAAGAAAGAGAUCGUUUGAUUGCUGAGGUGAAGAAGCAGCUGGAAAUGGAAAAGCAGCAAGCGGUGGAUGAAACUAAGAAGAAGCAGUGGUGUGCCAACUGCAAGAAAGAGGCCAUCUUUUACUGCUGUUGGAAUACUAGCUACUGCGACUAUCCCUGCCAACAAGCUCACUGGCCUGAGCAUAUGAAAUCUUGCACACAGUCAGCUACUGCAACACAGCAAGAAACUGAUAAUGAAAUUAGCACAGAAACAUUAAAUAAAACAUCACAGCCCAGUUCAAGUGUGCAGCCUACACCCACAGAAACAGCCAGCACCCCCAAGGAGAAGGAAGUUUCAUCUGAUAAAAGCAAAGAGAGUGUUACAAUAGCAACAGGUGUGACAAGCAACCAGCCUAUAAAACUGGUCCAGGUACCGCAGACCACCACCUAUAUUCCAACUACUCAACCCACAAUUGUAAGUACAAUAUCAUCAUUUAAAGUCUGCAGUAGUACUGUUCCUGGCAUUAAAAUUGCUCAGUAUUUCUGGGGGGUUGUCUCCGUACACUGUUCUAUCAAGAUAUGAAUUCACUGGUGUAGUCUCAACUUGCAGUGCAAAAUGUCCUAUUUUGCUGUGCAACAUUCCACCCUAUCAUUUCAUCCAUUGAUUAUUACAAAGGUUGAGAAGCUCUCAAUAAGAACAGCUAAGGCACUGAGGACAGUCAGACUUCAAUUUUUCCUUAUUGUGUUAGUUAUUUGUCCGUUUCAUGUAUAUACUUGAAAACAACAUCAAUGUAAAUAUAUAGAAUUCAUUUAAAAUAUCUUUUUGUCUAUGGCAUCCUAAAGAGAUUUAAUGAAUUCUGAGCUAUGCUUGAUAUUCCUGUGACAUCUCAGUAACUCUGGAAAAAAAAUACGCAUUCAGCAGUAGUGUAUCUCCCAUGCAGUAUUGCACAUUAGCGUUAUGAAAUUAUGAGAAAUAGCAUUGUGUUCAGACCUGUUUUUUUCCACUGAAAACUUUACCAAGGACACUUGAAUACCCUAGUAUCAGUCACCGGAGAUGGGACAGAAGUGAGUUUGCUUUUUUGGGAUUUUGCACACCAUUCUAUCGCAUUCUUUCAACUUGUGGUGUUCUGCGGUGUUCACUUCAGAGUCAGCACGGCAGCUGAGCUGACAUUCUUACCAAAAGAGAAAUGCUGAUACUGCACUGGUAACUGAACUGCAUGCCUUGUCUCAGUGGGGGUUCAGCAGAGAAGCCCAUGUUUGGGUAACUUCAGUUCAUUUUCUGCCUGAAGUUAGAUAAUUUAAAUUCAUUUUCUUCCUGUGACUGUGACGCCUGGUUUGCUAAGUUAUUCUGUCUUUCUCUCUCUCUGUGUACACACAGACAUGCAUGCACCUUCCCCCUCCAGCUGCAGCAUACCACACCUGUGUGCGUUGGAGUAUAUGCACCUCCACACAUACGCGUGUUUCAUAGCCAUCAUGCUCCACACAAAAAAUGUAUCGCUUAUAGUGGCUGUCAUGACUUGUCACAUUCCUAAGCAUUUUUACUCAACUCAUUUCAUCUCAACUGAGAGCACUGUGCACCUUUGCAGGAUUGGCAUGAAGUUACUUGGACUGAAUUCCCAUAACAAGGUUUUGUGUGUGUUGAAGUCAAACGGGAAACAUCAGUGAAGUUAGGUUCUUUUGUGAAUAGCUGAGAGGUUCUAAGAUCAUAAAGUGGUUUCGUGUAAUAUUCAGAAAAAUGGCAGUUACCUUCAUCAGUUUUCUGUAAAACAAAGUGUAUUGACUUAUGUAAAGCAUAAGUGGAACAUCUGGAGGUUUCAACCUUUAUUUCUGCAUGUUUAAAACUUUGUACACGUAUAUGCAUUAGUCUUGCACAGCUACAGACACCUCUGUAUUCUAACAAUUGCACGUGCAAUUUAAAUAAUUUUAAACCUUAGUGCAUGUUUAAUAUGUAUACAAAAUGUACAUAUGUGAAAAGGUGGCAGAGGUGGAGAAUUUACCUCUCAGGGAAUGAUCCUAACACAUUUAAGGAGUCUUGCACAUUCCAUUCAUUCUAAUAACUGAAACUUUUUUUUUCAUUUGUGUAAGCGUGUAUAUUUAAAAGACAACUGUGGCAACCUUAAUUUCCCCGCCUAUACAACUAACAGUGACUUACACAAUGGCUUCUUUAGGGUUCAAUUUGCACUUUGUUUCCAGCUAGGAACUUCUCCCCUCUGAACAACUUCCAGUAUAUCUUCUGGGUACCAUUUCCAUUGAACUCUCUUUACACAUCUGAAAUCACUGUAAAAUGACAAAAAUCUUGAAUUUAUUUAGAAAGUUGGUUUCAUUUUGGUUUUUAUUCUUUCUGCAGUUAAAUAUUGUAAAAAUUUGAAUUCAUCAUCUUUGCAUUCCAGGGAAUGGAAUGAGUAGGCUUCUGGAAGGCAUAGACUUUGUCACAAAGGAGCUGAUAAACACUCUAGGCUGUAAUCCAUCUCAGUAGGGAUAUUAACAGUCUUUGGUGAAUACCAUUAAGACACUAAUGUGAUUUCUUAAAACAAUGUGGGGAGACAUUGGGUUUCAGUGAACUUGUAUUUCUUCUUCCGUGUUCUCUCUGGAACUUUACGCUAACAGUAAAGGGAAGACCUGGGCAUCCCUUUCAGAUUUCUCAGAUUCUCACUUCUUGUUUCUUCCACUAAAUAUUGUGAACUGAAAUGGAUGCAUUUGUUUGAUCACCAGUUGUCCAUCACUGGAAUUGUAUCAAAACAUACUUGCAAUUUGUAUGUUACAGACAUUUCUAAACUUUCUCACGUUUUUGUAGGAAAGGUAAGAUAAAGGCUUAAGAUUCAAUAAAUCCUUUUCCAGAUCUUCCAGAGUGAUGUGACCGUUACGAGAUUGUUUAACAUUCUUGUGCCUUUGUCUCUGCAUCUGUAGAAUCAAUUACCACCCAUAGAGAUGUCCUGAAACUACAUUUGUUAAGAUUUAUAGAUCAUGAUCUGUAUGAUGGAAGUGAAAAAUUUAUUCUAUAUUAGUAUUUUUACAGGGAGUAUAAGACAGUUCCCAGUAAUCCUGAUGUUUUUGUUAUCUAUUUGUGUAAAAGUUAAGUACUUUUUUUGUUCAAAUGGAUGCUCUUUAUUCUCUUUUGUGUAGACUGAAUGCAUGGGGGAGUUCCUUUUGGGGGAAAAAAAAAAAUAACUAAUGUGUAACAGGAAUAUACUUAUAAACAAGGGUAUUUUUGUACUCCGGUUUGAUUUAUCAAAACAUUUUUCAAAUGACAAAGGAUUUUCUUAGCCCUUUUUCAUCUCCCCAUGUAUUAAUUUGGGGAAAUUAUGUAACUGGACGUAGUAACUUUGAAAACCUAAUUCUCCUAGCAUAGUACAUUACCUAUAAGAACAACUGUCCCUGUAAUUAUGAAGUAGUAAUAAUACAGUAAAAAACUCUUGGCUCUAGGAAAGUAAUAUACUACUUUCUGCCUUGGAAUAAGGUGACAUUGUGGUAAUAAAGAUUUUAAUUCUUGCACAAAAUUGGAACUUGUUCUGGAUUUUCCCUGGAAAAUAAAUCUCUAUUUCUGUGGUCAUGUUUAUAUGACCUUUAACAUAACAAUAUGUUUCUCUUGGUUUUAAUUCACAGACCAUUCCUGUAGUGGUAAGUCCUUCUGCUGGGACAGUGGCAAUGAGAACUGGAGUUCAGUAUGUUCAGACCACAAUGCCAGUCCAAGUACGAAGAGUCUAACUGCUAACAAGAAGUCCAUACAAUUGUUGGAAAAAAUAAAUCUAAUAGAAAUGUGAAAAAUAAACACAGUUCUUUGGAUUAACCUCAAAGGUUCAGACUUUAGCUUUGUAUAUGUGUACAAAGCAUUAACUACACUACAUUAAUGUAAAGCAUUAGCGCUGGCUUAGAAAAGCUGAGGACAGGUAAGAUCUGUGUUAAAUCUAUGCUUCUUUUGUAAAUAAUGUACAAUUUGUGGAUGUCAUUAAAGUUAGAGUACCAUCUCAUUUUUAUAUUUGUAUUGACUUUAACUUAUAAAGAGUGUUUGAAGUUGGAAAAAGAAAGGUUUAAAAUAGCCUUAUCACAAGCUAACACUGAAAACUGGUCUCAGAAAUUCACAGUUAUGCAUCAAAUAAUGUAAUCAGGAGAAUCUGAGCAACUUGAUUUGCAUUUGGAUUGAAAACAAUUUCUGCACUUUGAAACUCUUGUAGAAUUUUUUGUUGAGCAACCAAAUGAUGAAGGGUAUCUUUUUUUCUGUUAAUUGUAUUAGACGAAUUAUGACAUUUCCAAUCUGUGGACCUGAAAGACAUAUUUACAUUGCUUUUUACAGUGACCAGACUGUUAAAAUUGUUUACAAGAGACAAGUUGAAAAUUCAGCCUAAUAUCAGGAAAGUUUGAAAGUGUAAUACCAGCUGGUUGGUAGCAUUAUUUCUUAUCACUAAUAUCAAAGAUGAGAAAGGGUUUUGGUUUUGGCUUUCCUGUGCUUCACAGUUCAGUUUUAUUUUCUUCUUCCUCUUCUUCUUCUUCUUCUUCCUUUUUAAUCCUCUAAAAAGGACUUCGAAAAGUUUUCAAAUGGAACAAGAGCUAGGUGUGGAGAAAAACAUGGAUCAGGAAACAUGGGCAAAGGACUUUUGAUGCUGGGCCAGAGCAUGUAUUAUUUAUAUGAUGGAAUUUAUGUUUUUAUGUAAGCAUGAAACAGUACAGUAUGAGAGAAAGUAACCCAUGAAAAUGCUGUCUGUUACACUUAUACUGUAGUACCAUUUUGUAUGUUGUGUAAAACGAAAGCAUUGAACAAAGCAAAGGUGAUGUAUGUAUAUGAGAAAAUUAAUUGUAUGAUAUCAUUCCAGUACAUUCUGUUGUACAUUUUAGUCAUGUUGAUUUCUCCCAUUGUUUAUAAAAGAAUGCGGUUUGUACAGUCUCCAGCUAGUUACCCAUAUUAGAGGGAAAAAAGUAUUAGAAGAAAAAAGCGAGAACAGAAUUAUUCGUGAAUUGCAGUUGUGUCAAAAAUAGCCUAGCUGGCCUUAUUUGUGAAGCAUAAUUGCUUUUAGCAUAUGGAAGUAUUUUUUCACAUUUUCUUUGUAUAAAAUUUGUAUUAAACUUAAAUAUCUUUUUUGAAAAUUGUGUUUCUUUGUGACUAAGACAGGUGACACGCGAUAUGCUUUGGGUUUCUCCAAUUUUUCAAGAAACUUCACACUUUUUUAUUAAACAGUUUUAGAAAAAUGUUUUGUGUUCCUGAAUUUCCAGUUCAUUCAGUCUGGAUGAUUGCUCAUUUCUGCACAGUCUCCAGAUCAUAGCUAAUUUUGCUUAUGUUGUGAUUUUCUGCCUCAGCAAUGUGGGACCUUUGAAUCCAAGACUGUCAGAUUUGAGAAAAAACAAAGCAGUGUUGACAGUCUGUAAGUAACAGUCCACGUAUGUAAAGACUCAUUUUAAUAGCAGCUAUGGUCCAGUGCUUGAUGUGUAACAUUUAUUCAUUUGUUGCAUUGGGGCAGGACACAAAGGAUUGAUCGCACAGCUUGUCAGGUAUGCUUGUGAGUUGAGGUGGGGACUUCCAUGACAAGUCCUGCUGUAGUCCUCUGCCAGGGCAUGAAGUAGGGCAAGACUGCUAUGUGCCUCUGUUAAAAGAACCAGAGGGAGCUGAAAUAGCUCAUUGUAAAAUCUUACUAUGACUAUUCUUUUAAAGUUCCUACUCCUGUAGGUAUUUUGUUACAUGCAUUUAUAAAAUCAAACAAUGUUCCCAGUGCUCCUGUUUAAAGAAAAGCACAAAUCUUGCAAGCUUGAAAUGAUGUUUUGGCCUGCCCCAUGUAGUUUGAAUGUUGGAUUAAUAAUGUUGGGAUCUCUGAAGCCUCUAUUUCAGUGAUCAUUGUUGUUAUUUAUUUUUAUUUUAAUGGGCAUUUCUUUUUUCUUUCCUCAUAUGGGAUAAUAGGUGACCAAAUCCCAGUGAGGACUUGUUAUCAGGCCAGGGUAUCAAGGUAUCAUCUUAGAUGUUCUGGUGACUGGUGUCCUCCCCUCAUUUUAGCUGGUUAUGGUAUGAAGUUCAUCAGUUUUCUGAUGAUUUUAUCUAACGUGAGGGAAGAACACAUCUCUGGCUUGGACAUACCAGAGGAGAUGACACUGAUGUGAUACGAGUUUAAAAGAUUGGCUGUAACUUUAUUUAAUACAAAUUCAAAUGUCAUGACUGGGCUUAAGCUGCAUUUAUCACUUGUGUAUGGAGUACCUCCUACCCCUAAGGAGUGUGUCUCUUACGUAGGAGCCAAGCUUGGGAAAGAUCGGUGGGCUGGGUCUGCAACUUCAACUUUUCUGACUGUUUAUCUGUUGCAGAACCUGAUUCAGUCCUGGCUUGAAGACAGCCAGACUCCUUAGUUUGGAAUCUGGAGGGGCUGCCCUUGGGUCCUCUGUCUGCAGAGGGCAAUGCCAGUGAUUAGGUGUUGAGUUGCUGGGGGCAAGGGAUAGUAUAAAUAAUGGGAAGCCUUUUUGGCCAUAUAUCAUUUUGGGACAACUUGUCUUCACUGUUCAGCUACAGGCAAUGGAUAUGCCUCAGGUUUUCCAUCUUGUGUUAAUAGCCUACUAGGAGAUAUGGGCAUAUUACUACUGAUUCCUUAAGUUUUGGGGAGAAAAUAAGUUUUGGGGAGAAAAUUAACUUUUCUUAGUUUGAACUUAGAAAUCUCUAUACUCUUCUUGCAUUAUCUCUUGGGCCUUCAGGAGGAAGAGAUGGACACUGGAGUUCCUUAACUGGGCCAGUCAUCUCUGAAGCUUUACCAAGAGAUGAUGAUGUGUUCCUAGCUUUACCACACCUUCAGGAGCCCUGCACUGGUCAGAACGUGCUAAUACAGCAUUCAGGCUGCUCUGAGGUUUUGCUUUAGUCCCCCAGGUGGUAUGAUGUGGAUGGAGUUUACUAUAGCAAAGUUUCCUAACAGAAACCUGAUGUUAGUAUAUGGGUGUGACGAGCAGACAGAUGAAGUUGAAUCAAUGCCAUGCAGCUGUAACUGCCGUGGUGGCAACAGCCUGGCUCUGGCAGCUCUGGCUGGAGAAGAGGGAGCUUUGUGGGCUGGCUAAGAAUGCAGGGUUUAAGAAUUUGCCAUCAGUUGUGCUGUCACCUUCCUGUGCUGGUGCUUGGUGAAUUAGGUUUUCAGUGCUUAAAUCAUGGAAAAGUGGUUAUAGAGCAGAGGAACAUGGAGCAAACAACAGCAACACAGCUCUUCUAGAGCCAAAGGCUCCAAGUUUCUCAUCCUCUACAGUAGUGAUGUGUCAGUUCAGAAGGGGUGCUAUAGGCUCCACUAGUCAUGCUCAGUCUAAGCUUAUCUAUAACCAACUGAAAUUCUUUACAGAGAGGUGGAUCCACGCCACCAAAGUCCCUCUGAAUAACCCUUUCUUUGUGUGAAUUACAGAGGAUAGUUUUUAAAAACAAUUGUACAGUUGCAGCUUAAUUGAAGGCAUUUAAAAACCUCGCUAAGCCAAGAUUCUGUUAAGCAGCUUAACAUUUUGUCUAGAGGAAGCUUAUAGCAGAGCCUAGCUGCCAUCAUGUGGAAAAACGCGAGAACUGCAAGGAAAAAAUACAGGAAAUUAGCAAAGUAAUGACAUGUGCUUCCAUCCCCAAUAACAAGGUACAUUUUUGCAACAACUUCCAUUACAGUUUUUUGGUUGUUUGACAAAAUGCUAUUUUGUUAUUGCAUCUGAAUUAUUCAAAGCUUGGCAAGGUCCAAGUGUGAUUUUUGGCAGAGCUGUUUUUAGAAAUCGUUCAAAUCCAAGUUCUGUUUCAACUAAAUAACUGAAAGUUUUAAGACAAAGAGACCUAAGAAGAUAGCAUCCUUUCCUGCCUGCCAUCUCAGUGUUAUUUUUGGUUGGUAAGAGCUAUUUGCUUUGUGUUACACUCCACAAAACGAAUGACUUGCUAGAAGUAGCAGUUGAGAGCAGAUAGGUGGGAAGACCCUAAGGAUAAAGUUGGGGAGGGGGGAAGGGAAGGAAAUAUUUUGUUUCAGUCCUGCACCUGAAGAGGAUGGAGGGGAAAGGUAUGUGGUAUGGAUCAUUCCCUACAAAACACAUAAAGCUUUUGCAAAAGGAGUACAUUAGGUGAGCGCAGUUUGGCAAAUCAUUCUCUAUAGGCUCCAAGAAUGAAUGAGCACUGCUCAUCAGAGAGCUAGGAAAUGUACCUGAGCUUCAAGCCAGGCAAAAGCACAGGCAGAACUGAAAUUUGACAUGAUGAGCAAAAGGUGCUCUUAGAAAAUGGAGCAAAUCUGUUAAAUUCCUCUCUGGGGCAGCACUUGCAGGGACUACAGGUGAAGGGAAAAGCAACUAUGCCCAGAAAGCCUGUUUCCCUUCACUGUCUGCUGGGAGAAUUCCUUGAUAUUCGAUUCCCAAUGACAGCAUAGGUCAUGAAUCUGUCUUCAUCUGAUCUUUGUCGUGAUUGCAAGUUUUCCAUUGUGUGUGUUGCUUUUUGUGUUACUUCUCAUUUUAAGUAUUCUGUAUAUUUGCUGUUUUCAGGACAAAAGGACUUCACAACUCAAUUUGCUGUGGCCUUUUGCUCAUUUUUCAACAAUAUAAGUAACUGAAACUUGGGAAAAUAAUCUCCAGGUUUCAUUCUACUUUUAGUUUUAUAUAUUGAAAUAUGCAUGUUAAAAUUAAACUGUUACCUUCUUAUUUAGAGUCCUGGCAUGCAAGAAAACCUUAUGGUGAAAAGUGGAAGAGAAAGGAUACUAUGAAUUAUUGUGGUCUGUUUCUGCACAGUACCUUGUAAGUCUGCUGAAUAAACAGCAUUAGAUACGAAGUUCUGGUCAUGCAGAAGCUAACUGAGGUUUCAGGGAUAAAACUUUGACCCUGAUGAAGCCCACAUACAGUAUGCUACUUAAGAAUAACUACCAUAAGUGAGGAAGGUCCUUACCUGACAGAGAAGAGAUGGUCAAGAAAUGCCAGAAGAGAGGGAGAAGGUAACACAGCUACAUUAAACACUUCUAGGAAAAGCAAGAAUUGCUCUGGCUUUUAGAAGCUGCUUUUAAGAGCCAAGUGAUAACGUAUCUGUAUGAAUUUAUCUCCCAGUCACUGCAGUCUCAAGUCCCUGCAGCAGACCAUCAGCACUUGAGUUGCACUUACAGCAAUAGAUUAAAUACGUAUUUACUGUAAGUCAGCAUUUCAAACUCCAUUCUGUCUAAGAAGUACGUAACAGGUGAAUUACUGCCCUUAAUUUCAGAACAGAAUAACUGAAUGAUAAACUUUUUCAGCUUUUUCUCCCAUAUCUGAGAAGUUUCUGGCUGAAAUAGGCAACCCACAUUAUGCAAGUUUUCCGUUUGUUGCUUUGGGAAAUAAUUGAAAGUGCAAACAGUAAACAUGCUGUGAGGCUGUAAUAGUCUGGAAAAUACUUUUAAAAUGCUGUAAAGUAUUUUAAAAAUGGCUUCCAGUGCAUGCCUUUGCAAUUGAGUAUUUUGUCUUUUAUAAUAGAGAUUGGUCUGCCCACAUUGUUGGGGUUUGGGGAGGAGGUGUUGGAAUCACAAAACCUGCAGCUGCUCCUGAGGAAAAAUGAGUUUCUUUACUUUCCUUGAUCACAACUCCACCAAAUCAACAGGAAUGCAGGAAGGUGCUUUACCAUUACUGGUAUGGGUUAUUUGUUUUGUUUUUUUGUUGUUCAUUGUUCCGAUAGGAACAGACUGAAAUGGAGGCAGUGUAGAUGGCUGUGGUAACUCAUCACAAGGCUUCUGCUCUGGUCAGCAGGAGUUACCAGCUAUUUUGGUGAUACUGCCCCAUGCGGGUGCUUAGAGGGGAAAGGUUAUAUACUCCCACGUAACCCUUAGCUUUGCUGUAUUUUGCAAUAUCUGCUGUCUCUAGGAAAAUGGCUUGAUUUUUCUUUCAUCCUUUUGACAAAGGGUCUCUUCUUCUCUGCUACAGCAGAACAGGAAUUUGGGGGUUUUGGGGGUUCACAUGACAUGGUUUGAGGUGUAGGUUGUUAGUUCUUCUAGUAUUGUUAUUUUAAGCCCCAGCUUUUUCAGACAUCAAAUACACGUGUCUGGGAUCCAAGUGGUACCAGAAGAUCACAGCAGCAAGGAAAUCUUCGCUCUGGCCCCCAAGUGAGACUCUGCUUCCUUUACAAAAGGUUAGGAAAACAGUUGAGAUUAUGGCAUACAAAGGGUCUGAUUAUGAAAUUAUGGGAAUAUUAGCAAUCAGUAAUUGGUAGCUUUAAAAAGCUGUUUUCUUUUAUUCUGCAGCAUUGUAUUCAUAUGUCAUCUAUUUAACUAUGAGGGAAUGAUAGUGUAGAGGAUGUGAUGAAUAUGACAUGCAAGUUUAGAGGCUUUUUUUUUUUUUUUUACUUGUUUGGAAACGUAUUUUGGUCAAAGUGUGGGAGAGGAGCUGUGACAGCAGCUACUGCACCCUGAUACUACAGUCCCAUUCAAGAGUCCAACCGGUGUUAUCUCACCAGGUAUGUGUUUCACAUCCCCUUA